AAGUAUUGUUUGCAUUGCAUGCACCAAUUAUUCUCUAAUUAAAGCACAUUGAAAUUAAAACUGUUGAUUUUUUUUUUUGAAAUUCGAGUAUAAUUUGUAUGAUUCUAACCGUGAUUAUGCUAGAAUAGCGUUUUUGUUUUCAAUGUAGGGUACUUUUACGCUGGUCCUGGAUUUUUUUUUUGUGUGGUGUCCUAAUCGAAUCCCGUUUAGGUGUGGUGUGGGGCAAAAGACAAAUUAUAAGCCCCUUUUGGUGUCACUUUAGAGGCUUUUAGGGUCUUCUAUAUCUGUUAAUAAUUCUAAACUUAAUUUGGAAGAAAUAACCAUUGUUUACCUUAUUCUAUUGGAAUUCUUAUCUAUUUGAUUGCGAUGUGGGUUCUUGUUUGAAGUUUUCAGCUCUGGCUUGGAUUUCAUAGGAAGACAAUAUCUAAAAUUUCUUUUCGUUUAUAAAAUAUUUAUUUCAGCUCAUGUAUAAUGUUUUUAAUUUUUAUAUCUUAAUUGAUACCUUUUUAGAUUUAAUUUGAGGUGGAAAAUAUUGGUGAAAUAGUUUUGAUACUUUAGAGAAUCAUGUAUAGGCAUGUGUAUGCAUGUGUUUCAAUAGAGAGGGUAGUUUGGUUUAUUCAAUUCUCUACAUAAAUGACCAAGAUUGUAUAAAAAUAAACCGUCCGUGUAAGAUUGAAUGGUCAAUUCUUGAGCUUUGUGGUGUGUAUUGAGAUGCAUAUCUUUAACUAUUUCAGUGUAAUGGGAAGGGAAGUUACUGGCAUAAACGUCAUGGAGAAGAAGCCAAAUGGUAUAGCUUCAAAUGGUAGUUUUAGCGAUAGAGUGCGUGUUUCUCCCAGAAUUGCAGCAAUGGUUGAAGCAAUGGAUCAUGAGAUGAAGGAAUCUGCUGAAGGUUCUUUGAGUGCCAAAAGCACUAAAUUAAAUGCUAGUUUUUCUGAAGAGCGGAAUGAUAAAUCUGAAGUACAGAAGACAAGUGAUGACGAAAAAGAAUUAAACUCACCUACUGCAAUAACAAUUCCCGUGGAUAAAGAGCAUACAAGCCCUCCUGCUCCACAGCAGUCCGAUCAGUCUACUGUAAAGCAUGUUACCCACACACAGACCGUUGAUACUGAAACUGAUUCAAAUGGUCAGAACUUGUCACCAAAUGCUAAGAAUACACACUCACCAAAUUCCGCAAAGAACUCACAGACGAACUCACCUUUUACAACAAGGAAGCUUGCGCAACAUGAUAAGAAGCAUCAUGAGGAUGAAGACAAUUCGUCUGUUGCUUCCUCUGUUGCAUCUGGACGUACUGCCAGAUUUAAGGUAACUAUAGGUACAGCCCCUACGUUCAGAAGCUCAGAUCGUGCAGAGAAACGAAAGGAGUUCUAUAUGAAGUUAGAGGAGAAAAAUCGAGCCCUGGAAGAGGAAAGACUCCAGUAUGAGGCAAGGCGAAAGGAAGAGGAAGAUGCAGCCAUUAAGCAGUUGAGAAAGAACUUGGUCAUUAAAGCAAAGCCAGUACCAAGCUUCUACUACGAGGCGCCUCCUCCAAAAACGGAAAUCAAGAAGCCCCCACUGACUCGGCCCAAGUCACCAAAACUAUCUCGCCCCAAGUCACCAAGACUAUCUCGAAGAAAGAGCUGUGGUGACGUUAACAACUCAUCUUCAGAAGUUUCCGGCACUCAUAAAAAUAAGGACCUGGUCACUGGACGUAACAGCCAUGGUGCUUGCAAAACCAAAGAACGGACAAAACCGGACAAGGAAACCCAAACAGCUCCUCCUAAUAUCAUGGAGCAGACAAAUGUGGACAUAUCAGUCCAAUAAUAAGCUUUCCAAAGAUUUUACUGACCUCCAGUUGAGAGGAAAAUAGCCUUCAAUUUUCCUGGUCACACCAAAUGGGAUGCUUACAGAAGAGAUGGCCUUAUUUUCUUUUCAUCUGGACUGACAUUUUUAAGUGAUUUGUUUUUAACUCCAAAUGUAUAUGUUUUGUUUUGUAUGUUAUAUCAGCACACAUAAUUUUAUUAUAUAUAAAUAGUUAUUGAUGUAAGUUAUAUGAACGAAAUUUGAAACUCCCCAGAUUGUGGAAAUUAAUUUGCUUAAGAAACUUAGAUUUUUUUUUAA